CCCGACCCUCCGUCCCGACCCUCCGCUCCGACCCUCCGCUCCGGUCAUCGGGAUUUAUAGUAUGUUCAAACGCCAGACUCCAUCUUCUUAUCUACACAAUCUUUCACUAUGAGCUACGACACAGAAGCCGGACUGCCCGAAUCACAACGGAGCGAUUCAAAUAUCGUCGACUGGGAUGGCCAGGACGAUCUUAACUUUCCGCAAAACUGGCAGAAAUCCAUACGCCUCGGGCACGUCGCAGUAGCUGGUACAACAGCCUUCCUGUCUAAUAUCGGCUCCACUGGCUUCGCGAUAGCCGCCUCCUCUCUGGCCCACGAAUUUCACAUCACCAACUCGACUUUGGAGACUUUGACGGUCACCCUGUACCUACUAGGAUUUGCGCUUGGUCCGCUGGUCAUUGCUCCCUUGUCAGAGACUUACGGCCGUCUCCCAGUUUACUACACCUGUCUAACGUGUUCCAUUGUUUUCCUCAACGCAUGUGCCCAAGCUCCUAAUGUUGCUGUAUUCCUGGUGUUCAGGUUCAUUACUGGCAUCUCUGGGUCUGGUCCGGCCACCAUCGGCGGCGGAACAAUUGCGGACGUUAUGCCCAAAGAGAGCAGAGGAGGCGCUAUGGCUCUCUAUGGCCUUGGACCUUUGAUGGGUCCUGUCAUUGGUCCCAUAAUAAAUGGAUUUGUUGUGGAACACUUGAACUGGCGCUGGAUAUUUCGGAUUCUUUCUAUUGCAACCAGCAUCGUUACAUUAUGCGCCGUUUUCUUUAUGCGAGAAACGUAUGCUCCGCUCCUCCUUCAACGCAAAGCUGCUCGACUUCGCAAAGAGACCGGGAACUACGCUUUGUGUACCAAUUACGACAAAAAGCCUGGAACGCUGCAAACCUUGCGGCGUGCUAUCGUUCGGCCAAUCAAGAUGCUUACCUUGUCGCCAAUUGUCAUGGCUCUUUCUAUUUUCACCGCUUUUGUUUUCGGCUUGCAAGUUUUGUUAAUCACAACGUUUCCGAACGUCUACAAGGAACAAUAUGGUUGGAGCCAAAGCAUUUCUGGCCUUGCAUAUCUGGGAUUGGGUGUUGGGAUCCUUAUAGCCUUGGUAGCAUUUGGCAUGCUAUCUGACAAGGUGGUUAAUGCGCGUGCCAAGGCCAAAGGGGAAAAGUGGAAGCCUGAAGGACGCUUUCUGAUCAUGAUGUGGUUCUCACCUGCAUGGCCAAUAGGUUUUUUCUGGUACGGAUGGGCGGCCUACUAUUCGACGCACUGGAUCUUACCCAUUAUUGGCACCGCCUGGAUUGGUUUCGGGUCUUUGUCCAUUAUGUUGCCAAUUCAACUUUACCUAGUGGAUGCUUUUGGACCAGUAACUGCAGCCUCUGCACUUGCAGCCAAUACCGUUCUUCGCGCAUUUGCUGCCUGCUUCUUGCCUCUCGCAGGCCCUAAACUCUAUGAAACACUUAACCUUGGUUGGGGAAAUUCGCUGUUAGGAUUCCUUGCGGUCGCUUUCACCACGCUGCCCGUCAUAUUUUUCAAGUAUGGUGAGCUGAUACGAAUGAAGUGGCCAGUGGAGCUUUAGUAUCCUAUAUUGAUGACGUAGCCGUUAGAGAUCUAGUAAAGUGUUUAUUUACAGGUACAACACGAAAAUUUAGUUGUCGGAUAUAAAAGAUUUAGCGCAGACCCUGUAAAAAUAGGGUGGUUCUUUUCCAAGCCAGUAUAACCAGGAACAUGCAGCAAAAUAAAGAACUGAGCGGUACCUCACCAUCACUAGAG